UUUUUUUGGUGUAUAUAUACAUAUGAAUCUCUCGAUACACACACAUAUAUACAUAUAGGUCGAAAGGAAGCGGGAGAGAAAGAGAAAUCUCAAAGCCUUGUUCUGUGUUUUGUAGAGAGAGAAGAAGCUGAUACAGAGGCAGAAAUGGCGCAAGACGAUGCACCUUCGAUGAGAACGACGGCGCUGGUGGCGCCGACGAGGCCGACGAUCACCAUCCCGAACAGACCACCGGCAACGGACGCGCCGCCUAUCUUCGGCGGCGGUGGAGAUGGGCUUAGCCUGAGCCCGGGCCCACUUAGCUUUGUCUCGUCGCUGUUCACCGACAACUACCAAGAACUCACGCCGACGUCCGAGAACCAAAGAGGGUUUUUUUCCCAACUUCUCUCCGGAUGCACGGCGUCUCCAUCGGCGGCGGCGGGGUUUUCCGGCGAUGCGAGAAGUUCGGGUUUUGGGUUGUCGACGUUGUUCACGAUCCCUUCUGGGUUUAGCCCAUCUGGUCUGCUCAACUCCCCCGACUUCUUUCCUUCUCCGCGCCAAAGUUCUUAUGGUAUGCCAGCUAACCAGCAACAACCCGUUCAGGCCUUCUUCCCACAGCCACAACCGCUACCGCAAUCGCAAUCGCAACCGCAACCACAAACAUUUGCGUUGCAAAGGCAACCGCCCUCCACCGCAUACAGCCGUUCCUACAACGUUGUGAGCGUGGACAAACCCGCAGACGAUGGCUACAACUGGAGGAAGUACGGACAGAAACCGAUCAAAGGGUGCGAAUUCCCGAGGAGUUAUUACAAGUGCACGCACGCGAGUUGUCCGGUGAAGAAGAAGGUGGAACGGUCGUCGGACGGACAGAUCACUCAGAUAAUCUACAAAGGUCAACACAACCACGAGAGGCCACUGAACCGCCGCGGCGGCGGAGGCGGUAGAGAUUCCGGCGACUUCCGUGUGUUUGGAAACGGUUCGGUUCAGAUGAUGGAAUCUAGUGAUGAUAGUGGUUAUGGACGGAGUAAAGACCAUGAUGAUGAUGAUGAUGAUGAUGAGGAGGAGGAGGAAAAUGAUGACGAUGGGGAAGAUAUUCACGCUUCAAAAAUAAGAAAAAUCGGCGGAAACUCCGGCGUGUCGAUGUCUCACCGGACGGUGACGGAACCGAAGAUCAUCGUUCAGACAAGAAGCGAAGUGGAUCUUCUCGACGAUGGUUACAGGUGGCGCAAGUAUGGUCAGAAAGUUGUCAAGGGCAAUCCUCAUCCAAGGAGCUACUACAAGUGCACAACCGCAGGGUGUACGGUACGCAAACACGUAGAGAGGGCUUCAACGGAUCCAAAGGCCGUCAUUACAACGUACGAGGGAAAACAUAACCACGACGUCCCGACCGCUCGUAACGCGGCCACGGGAACAGACCACCGCCGGAUUGCUCUCCCCGCGUUGGACCCGUUUAUCCGACCCGGGCCAAGACCCGCUCCGACGCCCGGCGACUCUCCUCUUCUGACAUCACGUCUCAUCCUAAUGGGUUGCUUAAACUCCAAGUUAUCCUCUCCCGGUCCCCGCCAUCUCCGCCGCAAAAGCUCCACCUCCGCCGCCCCAGCCAUUGCCCCUCCGCCGCCCCACCGUCAAAUCGCCGGCGGCUCCAACCAGGAGUUCUCCAGACCACCGGUGGGGACGAGCGGUCUUAGCCUAAGGUCGGGGCUUUCUCGAGCCAACGUAGAGGUGGAUCCGGCGGCGGGUUGGCCCACAUGGCUCACCUCCGCGGCACCAGAGGCCGUCCACGGUUGGUUCCCUCUCUGCGCCGAGGGUUUCGAGAAACUAGAGAAGAUAGGGCAAGGGACGUAUAGUAGCGUGUUCAGGGCACGAGAGGUAGGGACAGGACGAACGGUGGCUCUGAAGAAGAUACGAGUCCACAACUUCGAGACCGAAAACAUCCGAUUCAUAGCGAGAGAGAUCUCUAUUCUAAGAAGAUUGGAUCAUCCCAACAUCAUGAAACUGGAAGGAAUCAUUGCCUCUCGAAACUCGAACAGCAUGUACUUCGUGUUCGAGUACAUGGAACACGAUCUCGAAGGCUUAUGUUCAUCCCCCGACAUUAAAUUCACAGAGGCACAGAUCAAAUGCUACAUGAAACAACUUCUAUGGGGAGUAGAACACUGCCAUUUACGGGGGAUCAUGCACAGAGAUAUCAAGGCCUCGAACAUUCUGGUGAAUAACAAAGGGAUUCUUAAGCUAGCUGAUUUUGGAUUAGCCAACAUCGUCACUUCGAGAAACAAGAACCACUUGACCAGUCGGGUCGUGACAUUAUGGUACCGUGCACCUGAGCUGCUGAUGGGUUCGACGAGUUACGGGGUUUCGGUCGAUUUGUGGAGCGUCGGAUGCGUGUUCGCCGAAAUCCUCACCGGAGGACCAGUCCUCAAAGGAAGAACCGAGAUAGAACAACUGCACAAGAUUUACAAGCUAUGUGGAUCGCCUCCUGAAGAUUUCUGGGAGAAGACUAGACUUCAUCCUCAAACCAAGAUGUUCAAACCCCAACACUCGUACGGAGGUUGUCUGAGAGAAAGGUUCGAGGAAUUCCCGACAACGGCCGUGAAUCUUCUCGAGACUCUCUUGUCCAUCGAUCCCGAGAAGCGACGUACAUCCUCCUCUGCUCUUAUGUCAGAGUACUUCACCACGAAGCCUUACCCAUGUGACCCCUCGACGUUGCCCAAGUAUCCUCCUAAUAAAGAAAUGGACGCUAAGCACCGUGAAGAACUACAACGAAGGAGAAGGGUUAGCAUUAAGAAGAGGGAUAACUUGUCAUCCAAGAAACCAAGGAACCCACACAAACCUCUCAGAUACCCGCCAAACUUCAGCAAAAUGCCAACCCAACAGGAAAACGCCGAAAGAGAGAAGCAAUUAUUUAUCCAGACACCAUCGGAGAUAUCUCAGGCAACAGCUACGAUGGAUAGGACCGAUCUCCGGCACACCGGUUUGUCACAUACGACAGCGCCGCCGGCGAGCGGUUCUGCGUGGACGAAGAACAGGAAAGAAAACGACGGCGUUUCGACGCUGACGUACAACCAGCCGAGCUCGGAUAGCCACGUCAGCGGCACGAGCAUGGUAUUUGCCAAGAACACUUUCGGAUUGUCCGUACUAAACCAAGAUAAAAAGAGCUUCCCUAGGCCGCACGUUUCCUCAGAUGUUUGGUUCUCUGGCGUGCUCCACAAGAAAGCUCAAGAGGGACUCGGACAAGAGGAAUGGUAGUUUACACAUUGCAGUUUUGGUUUUAUCUUUUUUUUUUUUUGGGGGGGGGGGGGAAUUUGCAAAUUUGUAAACUUGGGUGGGAAAAAUAGAAAUUGUAAAAAGGUGUAUUGGGUAAUUCUCCCAACAAAUUCUAGUGAUUGAAGAUUUUUUUUUUUUAAAUAACAUCCUGUUCUCAUAGGCCAAAUACCAUUAUAUAUACAAGUCUACAAUGAAAAAUGCAUUAGAGGAGGCACAUACAUAUUGCACGUAAAACUCUAAUUGCACUACAGAAUUCGUUAAAAUGCUUAACCCUUUACUACUCCAAAUGCUGACUGACUGCUGCUGCUUUGGAAUAUUUUUACAUUACAUUGGAACAGUAAAUUUAAAUUCCAAAUAAAACCAAACUGUAUGUUCUGUUCUUGAGGAUCUUUUUAACAGAAAUAUGCCCAGCGACUUUCAAAAGUUAUGUACAUCACUGGCUGUCUUCUUCUUGCAUCAAGCUAGGAUUUUCCCUCCCCCCAAAAAAAAAGUACAAAGAAAC